AAUAAAACAUAAAAAAAAACAAAACAAAACAGAGGACCAGUGCCCAACUAUAACUCCGUCCACCACCCCUCCACCCACGUUUCUUCUUUCUCUAAUCCCACAAAUGCCCUGCAAACCAUGUCUUCCGACCCCCCUCUCACUCGAACCCCCCUAAACAUCCUCGACCACCACCACCACCAACCUCUUCUUCCUCUAUCUUCAGCCGCCGCCGCCUCCGGCGGCCUCUCCGCCCCCUCUCCCUCUUCCACCGUUCUCCCCCGCGAGUACCGUAAAGGAAACUGGACCGUCCACGAAACCCUCAUUCUCAUCACCGCAAAACGCCUCGAUGACGACCGACGCACCCGAAGCGGCGCCACAACCUCUUCCGAAGAACCCUCCGCCGCCCCCCGCUCCGCCGAACAGCGCUGGAAGUGGGUCGAGAACUAUUGCUGGAAACAUGGCUGCCUUCGCAGUCAAAAUCAGUGCAACGAUAAAUGGGACAACCUCCUGCGCGACUACAAGAAGGUCCGCGACUACGAGUCCCGUGCUGCUACCUCCUCCGCCGCCGCCGCGCCCAGCUCCUAUUGGUCCCUCGAGCGGCACGAGCGCAAGGAACGCAACCUCCCGACCAAUCUCGCCUUCGAAGUUUACGAAGCCCUCACCGACGUCCUCAGCCGCCGUGCCACUCUCCGCCCGUUAUCCCUGUUUCAUUAUUUUUUGAAGAUGGAUCACUUUGGGGAUUAAAUAAUUUUUUUUUGUUUAGGUGUAUGAUUGGUUGGCUCCAUUCCGAUAGCCGAAUUUGAUCUGUUGUCACCCUUCUAGGGCAGGGGCAAACAGGGUUUGCAACUCUCCAUAAA